UCCUUUUGUAUUCAAAGUGUGCAAUCCAUUCCUCACAGGCACACUCUCAAAUCCCAUUUUAAUCCCUUGGUUUUAUUAACACUGGAGCCCCCGCAUCUGGCAUCGAGGGACGGAGAACCUUCUGGAUUGGGCAUCCAGUUUAAUGCUUUGAAAAAAGAAAGUCUUGAGAAGAGCACUGGAAAAAGAAGGCGAGAUCCUGAAGAAGGUAACAAAUGGGGCAGAUCAUUGGUUUUGGAAGAGUCCAGGAGAAAAAAGAUGAACUCCAAGUAAUACUGGAUGAACUCCAAGUAGAACUGAAUGAACUCCGAGUAGAACUGAAUUGGAGAAGGACUCAAAAGUAUGCAGAUGACAUCACUCUUAAUCCAGCCACAGCCCACCCCAACCUCUCCAUUUCCGAGGUUAAGAAAUUUACUCAUAAACCUGAACCUCAGAAAGUUCCACCAGCUCCAGAGAGGUUCGAUUCAACUGUCUGUGUGUUGGGCUCUGAAGGAUUCUCCUCUGGAAAGCACUACUGGGAGGUGGAGGUUGUGAGCAGCACUGACUGGGACCUGGGAGUGGCCCGAAAAUCCAUACAGAGAAAAGGAAAACUUUCCCUGUCCCCUAAAGAGGGAUUCUGGGCUCUGGGUCUGAGUGGGAGAGAUUAUUGGGCAAAAACUGAUCCAUGGACCCGGGUCAUGGUGCAGAGAAAGCCCAAGAAAAUUGGAGUUUAUCUUAGUUACCAAGAGAGGCAGGUGACCUUUUUCAAUGUAACUGACAUGUCUGUGUUGUUCACAUUUAAUAAUUGUUCAUUCUCAGAAGAGGUUUGUCCAUUCUUUAAAAAUUCACACAAAGAAACAACAAUGAGAAUUUGUUCUAUAAGAGAAGAUGAAUGAGCUUAAAGAGCCACUAUGACUCAUUUAUCCCACUCUACCUUUGAAAUCAAAUUUCUCACCAAUGAAUUUGAAUUACAUUUUGCCUCUGUAUUAUCUGUGAUGCCAUCUCCAGAAAAAGCACCAUUACUCAUUUUAUGGCUAUGACCCUAUGACAUAAAGUUUCUCCCCAAUAACAUUUGAAUUGUAGUUUUUACUCUGUACUUUGUGAGCUGCCAUCUUAAUUACAUGCUUU